AUGUAUAAUCUAAAUGAAGCCUGGGGUUUCUUCUAUCGGGGGAUUAACUUUCAAAGAACCAAACUUUCUGCAGUUAAGAAAGCAGCGUCAAGUGAUGGGAAGUGGGUUAAUCAGUGUCCGAGGUCUUUCGAUACAAUUACUGCUAGUUCACUUGUGAAUCAAGCUGCGUUAGACUUGGAAAACCAACAUGACAACACCAGAGUUCUUUCAAUGGCAGUAUAUGAAACUUCUUUAGUGAGCAAAGCAAUAGAAGAUGCUGCUGCGAGGCGGAUUCAAACCUCCUUUCGAGCAUAUUUGGCACUUAAUUACGGAUCCCAGGCAAGGAGAGCAUUGCAUGCUUUGAAGGGACCAGUUAAGUUGCAAGCACUGGUUAGAGGUCACCUGGUGAGAAAACAAACUGCAACUCUCCAAUGUAUGCAUGCUCUAAUGUCAAUACAACUCCAAGCCCGGGUUCAGAGAAUCCAGAUGGCUUCGAAGCCACAACUCACAUCAAAAAGCCAAUUAUCAACACACGGAAGGCUCCCCCGGAGAUGGGAUUCAAAAGAGCACAGAAAGUAA